ACCAGACCGGAUUUCUCAUUCGGUUUCAUCUCAGUGUCAGUGAUGUUUGUAUCAAAGAAAUCAAACUGAAGAACGAUCUAACUUGACCCCGUCCUCUGUCUCUAUCUCUACCUCUACUCUCGAUUCGGAGUCCUACAGCACCGCGGUCUCUGCCGCAUGUUCCGAAGGCAUAUCCUUUUCCCGGAGAAAGGCUUAAGGACUUUCUUUGUAAAAGUCUCGGACCUCCUGUAUCGCUUUACGCCGGAAUGAGGAAGGAGUUUGGUCUGAGUCUGGACAUAGGAGCAAGGGUUGGAAAGCGGCUAAUAAACUCGUCAGACAGACACUGGAAGACACGUAGAGGAGAUGAUGUAAGUCAUGAUAAUUCCUCAGGACUAGAUGCCAUGAAGGCGGGGUUUUCACGGUAGAGGCCCCCUUUCAUAUCAAAUGUUCAAGCUCUUGAUCCGGCCACGGGGUAUAUUCCGGUAUAUUUCUGAUCAAUCCCCUGUUGGUUUACUGUUGGUUUUCUUUCUCCCUAUCCGAAAUCCUUGUAAAGUCGGUAUAAGAUAUCUAGAAGAUGGAACAAAAGUCAGAAUAGGGAGAGGCAUUGAUGGCAUCUGGUUCGAUAAUCCCUCGUCCUGAGUUUCUCAAGAUCAGGACAGCACCAAGACCGUGCAUAUACAUAUGUAAUCUGCACCCAACUGUCCAGUGGCUUCUUGAAUCAUUGUGUAACAGCACUCUAUCAGCUGAUGCAUGGUUUGAAUGUGUUUAUAAUACAGUAUGAUUUUUGUUGAAAUUUGGUUCAAAUUCUCUCUGCAGCUGACCCUAAGGAUACUCCAACGGACCUCGUCUUAGAAAAGACCUGUGAUGCUGAGACUGGAAGGGGCAUGCCUGGUCUUUUAGGGAAAAUCAUCCAAAUAUCAAAGUCUUCAUCUUUUUUUUUUUAUGGUCUAAAUUUUUCUCCUUUUUUGUCUUUUUUAAUCCAUCAGAGGAUCUUGUGAUGAACCCAAGUGUUGGUCAGUUGGCUAAUGAUUCCGACAAAAGCUUUGAUCCGUUAGUUCGGCCGCAUUUAAUCUUCUGCUUCUCGGCAGUACCACCGUCACUCUGUUCCAACUUCAAACGCGGCGUUUGCGUUUCCCCAAACGCAGACGCUACCCUCCGGAAACGUCACGUUUGCGUUUUCCGACCCUCUCUCUUUGCUUCGUUAACUUUUGGCGGCAAAUUAUAGGUAGAGGGUUUUUUUUGGCAGUCCAGGAGUGACUAAGCUUGUGAGUUCCUCGAUUCAAAUGGGGGGAAUUCGGUUCCUUUAGGGUUUUGAAAAUGGAGGGUUCGUCUGCAAGUGGCUCUCCAUUGAUAAGGCCGAUUAACAGAAGCGUGGUUCGCAGAAUCUGCGCCGGGCAGGUCAUUUUGGGCCUGUCGUCGGCUGUGAAGGAGCUGGUGGAGAACAGCUUGGACGCGGACGCCACCAGCAUCGAAAUCAACCUCAAAGACUAUGGUGAAGAGUACUUUCAGGUCAUUGAUAAUGGCUGCGGCAUUUCACCGAACAACUUCAAGGUUCUCGCCCUUAGGCACCAUACUUCUAAACUGGAAGAUUUCCCGGAUCUCCAGAACUUGACUACAUUUGGUUUCAGAGGAGAGGCAUUAAGCUCACUUUGUGCCAUGGGCAAUCUUACGGUGGAGACAAGGACAAAAAACGAGUCAGUGGCGACACACUUGACCUAUGAUCGUUCGGGCUUGCUCAUAGAUGAGAAGAAGACAGCACGUCAAAUCGGUACCACUGUCACUGUCAAAAAGUUGUUCUCAAAUUUACCUGUGCGAAGCAAAGAGUUUAGUCGCAAUAUACGCAAAGAGUAUGGGAAACUUGUCUCUUUGUUGAAUGCAUAUGCACUUAUUGCAAAAGAAGUGCGGUUUCUCUGCUCCAACACGGCUGGAAAAAAUCCAAAGUCUGUUGUGCUGAACACACAAGGAAGGGGUUCCCUUAAAGAUAACAUCUUAACAGUGUUCGGCAUUAACACCUUUACAUGUCUGCAGCCAGUAAAUAUUUGUUUAUCGGAGGAUUGCAGAGUUGAAGGGUUUCUUUCCAAGCCGGGACAGGGUAGUGGCCGCAAUUUGACUGAUCGACAAUAUUUCUUUGUAAAUGGCCGGCCUGUGGAUAUGCCCAAAGUGAGCAAGUUGUUGAAUGAGUUAUAUAAAGGCACGAAUUCUCGGCAAUAUCCAGUUGCCAUUCUGGAUUUCACCGUGCCUGGUAAAGCAUGUGACCGAAAUGUCACGCCUGAUAAAAGAAAGGUGUUCAUUUCGGAUGAGACCUCCAUUAUUUGUUCUCUGAGGGAAGGUUUGCAUGAGAUAUAUUCUGCAAAUGAUGCAUCUUAUAUCGUCAAUAAAAUGAUGGAGCAUGACAAUUUAGAAGAAAAAAUAGGAAUUGCAUCUCCUCCUGAGAAAUCAAACUUCUUGGAAAAAGGGUUUGUUUUGGAUAGUGGUCCGAGCACCCAUGUAGAGGAGGCCAUCGAAAAGGAAAUUUCUCCAUCGAGGAGUACCAAGAUAGAUGCUGAAUGCUCUGAUAAUGAAGUUGGUAACAAUUUGAUGCUGGAGAAGUUUAAAUUUGAGAAUAGAACACAUGGGAUUAAGAAAGGGGAUGAUGCUGUCUCUGCCCAUGAUAAUAUUCUGUUUACGACUCCUCUUCGCAAGACAACUACCCAAGUUGUGUCUUGCAGUGAAGUGAAAGAGAAAGUUACUGCUGUAAAUAAAACUUCAAGCAAUCAGUCAAGUUUGAAUGAUUUUGUUACUGUGAAGAAAAGAAAGCAUCAAAAUGUGAGUAUCGUCUUAUCAGAAGUACCUGUACUGAGAAAUCAGGCUCUAAACUUACCAACUGAGAAAAGCGUAUUUGAAGUUCCUGCUUUGUCUGCUAGAUGCCUGAUGAACACAGGUCACCUUGAUGGUUCAGUUGGCACGAAGGUUAGCAGAACCGAGAUUGCCUUUGAUGAAUUAGGAGACCAAAAUUCUCUUGGAGACUGUACUGAUAAUAUCAGGAGAGAAGCACGACCUCAGUUACAUCUACUGGACGAAGAGAAGCAUGAAACAUCUGCACACUUCAAAGAUCCAAUAUCAGACAACACACUAGUUGAGGAAGAACUUGGAAGGAUUUUGGAGGACAAUUCAUGGGGCAGUCGGUCAUUGCCAACUGUUGCCACAAUGCUGGACUCUCCAGCCCAGUCUUCUGGACCAAAAAUGUUUUCCACCUUAAAAUUUAGUUUUCAGGACCUUCGGAUGAGGAGGUUAGAAAGACUCUCGAGAUUACAGAACAAACGUUAUGUAUCUAAAAACAUGAAGAUGCUCCAGCAGAGGAGAUGUUUUGCUGCUGCUACAUUGGAGCUCUCUCAACCAGAAAAUGAAGAGCGAAAAGCAAGAGCUUUAGCUGCGGCCACUUCUGAGUUGGAAAGGCUUUUCAGAAAGGAGGAUUUCAGGAGAAUGCAGGUGAUUGGGCAGUUCAAUCUCGGCUUCAUCAUUGCAAAGUUGGACAAAGAUUUAUUCAUUGUUGAUCAGCAUGCUGCGGAUGAGAAAUUCAACUUUGAGCACUUAGCAAGGUCAACGGUCUUGAAUCAACAGCCCUUGCUUCAGCCUCUGAGAUUGGAGCUCGCUCCAGAAGAAGAAGUCACUGUCUCAAUGCACAUGGAUGUGAUCAGGCAGAAUGGCUUUAUUUUAGAAGAGAAUCCAAAUGGUCGCCCUGGAUGCCACUUUAGGCUAAGAGCUGUUCCCUUUAGCAAGAAUAUUACCUUUGGUGUCGAAGAUCUUAAAGACCUAAUCUCGACACUUGGAGACAACCAAGGGGACUGUUCCGUUAUCAGUCGAUACAAAACCAACAAAACAGAUUCGGUGUGCCCAUCACGAGUUCGUGCAAUGCUUGCAUCCCGUGCAUGCAGAUCUUCUGUGACGGUUGGAGAUCCAUUGGGAAAGAAUGAGAUGCAGAAGAUAGUAGAGCAUUUGGCCGGGCUGGAGUCGCCUUGGAAUUGCCCGCAUGGACGUCCUACAAUGCGGCAUCUUGUGGACUUGACAACCUUACAUUCUCUACCCGAUGAAGAUGUUGCCGCCAUUCCUUGAUUUGCUCAUCAUCAGCCUCCUCCACUCCAGCCAUUCCUCUUUUUGUUUGUAAAUUAUUUGGAAGAGAUCAUCCAUCCAUUCUAUGAACUGAAAUAUGCAAAUUCAAUCUCAAAACAGCACCUUUCGGGCGUGGAUGAUGAUCUCUAAUGUUUCUUGGUGGAUGGAUUCUCUUAUGUUUUCCAUUUGUAUGUCGUUGCAGGGAAAACCAGAUUCUUUUCUUGUGCAUACAGGCCAUCGUCGUUAGAUUUCUCUCAGGGAAAAAAAAAUGGCCCAGCAAGUGCCUUUAACGAGAAAAUUGGGUUCCAUAACGAGUUGUGGUU